AUGCCGAACGAAAACGUACCCGCGAACGAAGGCAGUGUCAAUCAACGCAGUCGGACGAUGAAAAAUAAACGGCGGACGUUCAAGGCACAAAUUACGGCGUUUGGAAAAUAUCUGAGUACUUUCGGAGAUUCUGCGAAGGAACGCGUCAAGCUUCGCGAAAGAAUUGAAAGAGCGCGUAAACAAUUCGAGUCAUUCAAUGAUAUACAAGAUGAAUUAGGCCUCAUCGACGAUUUCGAAGAAACGGAAGCGGAGCGGGAAUUUGUCACCGACCAAUACGAUGACGUAAUGGCGAGUGCAGUAGCGUUGUUAGAACAGCUUGAGCAACCCACGACACAGCAUUCAUCCGCGACAACAGUCCGGAUUCCGAGCGAUUCUCCUGCACCACCAACCUCAUCGACCGCGAUCGGGGUGCAUUUGCCGAAAAUCGACCUUCCGAAAUUCGACGGGCGUCUCGAGAAAUGGGUCGCGUUCAAGGACGCAUUUCAGACAAUGAUUCACGCGCAUCCGGGACUCAGUGACAUUCAAAGGCUCAAUUACUUACGUCUAUCGUUGUCAGGGAAGGCAGAAUCCGCGAUCGAAUCAUUCACGAUAAGCGAAGAAAAUUACAAGUCCGCGUGGGAUCAAUUAAUCGAAACAUACGAUAACACGCGCGCUCUAGUCUUACGACACGCCGCGUUGCUGCGCGAUACGCCCGCGAUGCGUGACGACACGUCCGAGUCAAUUUGUGAUCUCGUUAAUCACAUGCAGUCACACGUUCGGUCACUACAGGCUCUCGGGCGAUCGUGGGAGGAUAUCGCGAGCGACUUAAUCACAAGCAUCGCGAUCUCGAAGAUGGGUGUCGGUACUCGGCGGGCUUGGGAGCAAACUCUUGGGGACACGAAGAUGCCAAAAAUCACCGACAUCUUCAGGCAUCUCCGAAACGCGUCGCAUCAAUCAAGGGAAGACGAGUCAUCGAAUCACGGUACAUACGAAAGGGAGAUUCAAGCGCAACCCAGCAAAACUCGGGCCGAACAUCGGGUCAUGCAACGCAAACCACCACCGCCGGCUCCGCGAACCAGCAAGCGCUACACAUUCGCGACAACCGUCGCUGCACAGUGUCGAAUUUGUAACACGGGUGCCCAUCCAGCGUAUCAAUGUCGCAAAUUCAUAGACGCAACUCCAGGUGAAAGGGUGCAGUUGAUACGAAAAGCGAAGUUUUGCCUGAAUUGCCUCCGUCCAGAUCACACCGCAGACGACUGCAAAUCUGGAAAAUGUCGCGUGUGUGAUGGUCGUCACAAUACCAAGCUGCAUCAAGAUUCCGCACCGCGAGCAGACGAGAUCUGA